AUGGAUCCGGACGACGAAUUUCAAAAUGGUACUGAGGAAGAAAACAUGAUGUUCCUGAAGAUCCUGAUCGUUCUGGGCCAGGCCUAUUCCCUGAUAACCCUACUCGUCUUUUUUCUAUGCAAUCACGAAUGUGGGCUGGCCUGGGAUCUUGUGGAAAUCCCAACUCUACGCCGCUGUCUUUCUGAUCGCAGCUUUGUACUGCGCCAUUCGAUGCUUGCAGACGCGGAUGCCUUUCUGGAUGCAACUGACGCUGAUAUUUUGGGGGUUUGUGGUGAUGUUCAAUACUUGGAAGCUAAUAUACGCGAUGUGGCUAUCAUCGGGUACUUGAUGACGAUGAUGCACAUCUUUAUCACCUGCCUUCUCCUCUCUCGCUACAGCUCUAUUCGCGAUCGCCAACUAUUUUGGGAGGAGCGCGUUGCAGCGACGCUUGUCGAGUUAAAUGACGAUCAGAUCACAAUUUUGUCUGUU